GAAAAGCUAUAAAUAGACAAACAGAGACGAGGGAGAGUUUAUCCUAUUACGUUUUCCAACGUAAUAUGUUUGAUAAUGAUAUGAUCGAUGACGCCACUCUUACCACUUUAAAAUCAUUUUCUCAAGAACUCCUCAAACCCAGCUGAGUCCAGCUUUCACACAAUCCCAAUUCUCAGCUUUAAUUCCAUUCCAAUCAUGGCUCCUAAUGAUACUCUAAAGCCUCGGGAUGUUUGCAUUGUGGGUGUUGCUCGUACACCUAUGGGCGCCUUUCUGGGCUCUCUUUCUUCUGUUUCUGCAACAAAGCUUGGUUCUAUUGCUAUCAAAUGUGCUCUUGAAAGAGCAAAAGUUGAUCCAUCACUUGUGCAAGAAGUCUUCUUUGGUAAUGUUCUCAGUGCAAAUUUAGGACAAGCCCCUGCUAGGCAGGCUGCUUUAGGUGCUGGCAUUCCUAAUUCGGUCAUUUGUACUACCAUUAAUAAAGUUUGCGCAUCCGGGAUGAAAGCAACGAUGCUUGCUGCACAAACGAUUCAACUAGGCACCAAUGAUAUUGUUGUGGCGGGUGGGAUGGAAAGCAUGUCUAAUGCUCCUAAGUAUCUUGCAAAUGCAAGAAAUGGUUCUCGACUAGGACAUGAUACUAUUGUUGACGGCAUGCUCAAAGAUGGCCUAUGGGAUGUAUAUAAUGACUUUGGAAUGGGAGUUUGUGCAGAAUUAUGUGCUGAUCAGCAUACUAUAACAAGAGAAGAGCAGGAUUCUUAUGCCAUUCAAAGCUUUGAGCGUGGUGUUUCUGCACAAAAUCAUGGUUGUUUUUCGUGGGAAAUAGUUCCGGUUGAAGUUUCUAAUGGACGAGGGAGGCCAUCAACUGUCAUUGGUAAAGAUGAAGGCUUAGGAAAGUUUGAUGCUGCAAAAUUGAGGAAGCUUCGACCGAGUUUCAAAGAGAAUGGUGGGUCUGUCACUGCAGGAAAUGCUUCUAGCAUAAGUGAUGGUGCUGCUGCACUGGUUCUAGUGAGCGGUGAAGUGGCAACUAAACUUGGGUUACAAGUGAUUGCUAGAAUAAGAGGAUAUGCUGAUGCUGCUCAGGCUCCGGAAUUAUUUACAACCACACCUGCCCUUGCAAUACCAAAAGCUCUGUCAAAUGCUGGUUUGGAUAAAUCCCAGAUUGAUUACUAUGAAAUCAAUGAAGCUUUUUCUGUUGUUGCUCUUGCCAACCAGAAGCUGCUUGGUCUCAAUCCUGUAAAAGUAAAUGCACAUGGUGGAGCCGUAUCUUUGGGACAUCCAUUAGGAUGCAGUGGGGCUCGUAUUCUGGUUACAUUGUUAGGGGUACUUAGACAUAAAAAUGGUAAGUAUGGGAUUGCUGGCAUCUGCAAUGGAGGAGGAGGUGCAUCUGCCCUUGUUCUUGAGCUCAUGUAAGCGCUCUACACUUGGUCAGUUGCAAGGGUAGGACCUUCACUGUUAUGAUGAUAUAAGAUGCCCUUUCCUUAUUUGUGUUACCUCAAUAAAGGGUCUUUAUUUUACCAUUCUAAGGUCUGAGUCAUAUACAAACUUAUUUCAAGAGCCUUGCAGGAAGCACAAUAAAAGCCACAUAAAUGUGCUAUGGAUACUCUUCCAUCCCCUCAUUACUAUGUCAAAGAGGAGCAGUAGAGAUAGCAGAUAUAUUUAGGAAAAUACAUCAUGUACUAAAGAAUAAAUAAAAGUAUUUACAAAACUAGACUAAAUUUUUUAGUUUGCAAAACCCACUUAUAAAUUAUAGUUUUAAGAUGUUUGUGAUCAGCAAUGCGAUGAUCAAUAGAUGGAUAGGGAUUAUCUCAUGAACAUGAGAGAUCAUAUUCAUUAAUCUACGUAUUAAAAUAAAUGGUGUAAAUAAAUUUAACUAAAAUUGAUUUUUUUUUAAUUUACAUUAUUCAUUUUGUAAUGAAUGAUAUAAAUUUAAUGAAUAUCAUUUCAUUUUAA